GAAAGACAAGAUUCCCGAGCGCGACGUAGCAAAGCAGAGCCGCGCGCGCAGGCGCAUCGGGGCCCCCUCCCCGAGGCGCCGCAUGAUUCACGCAGGCGCAGAAGCCGGCGCAGGAUCAUGCCGGGGCCGCACGUGUCCCGCGUCCGGGCCCUGUACCGGCGGCUCCUGACGCUGCACCGCGCGCUGCCGCCUGACCUGCGCGCCCUCGGCGAUCAGUAUGUGAAGGACGAGUUCCGGCGGCACAAAGGCGUUGGCCGCGAGGAGGCGCUGCGCUUCCUGAGCGAGUGGGAGGGGUACGCGGCGGUGCUCUCCCAGCAGACCAGGGCCGAGGGGGCGCAGCUGGGCGCCCGCCUCAGCCAGGAGCAGCUGGACGCCUUCAGCCCGGAGCAGAUCGGCCAGCUGCAGGAGCUGAUGCAGGAAGCCACCAAACCCAACCGCCAGUUCAGCCUCAGAGACCCGGCCCCGCCCAGCUAGCCUGCCCCCCCCCAUCGGCUGGACCCGCCAACGUGGCCCCGCCCAGCCGGCUGACCCCUCCCGGCCAGACUCCACCCACCUGGCUGGCCCAGCACCUGGCCCUGCUCACCUGGCUGGCCCCGCCCAGCUGGCCCGUCUGGACCAACCGAGCCACCGGGCCCCCUGCUGGGAGGAGCCACUGUGGGGGGGGGGGUGGGGGGUGGGGGGCCCCCCAU